CCUGUAUUUUAAUUAUUAUAUAUAUAUUUUUAAAACCAAUUAUAAUGUUGACGCCCCCACCUUCAAUUCUUCCUCAUGUGAUCUGGCAUAAUAACAAACAUGGUGGUCUUGUCCUCAGCGAGUGUCUGUCUUAUUAACAUCCACUUAACAUCUGUGCACCAAACAUGGAAAUAAGUCUUAGUGCAAAGCAGUUUUGUAAUGGCUAGUGAUAGUGACUGCAUCGUGAGCAAUGUCUUUGAAUUGGCAACUCAACAGAAAAGGAUCCGUCAUUUGAAAAGUGUCUCCCUGCGAAAUCUAGUGUACAAAGACGAACUAGGGACAGACAAUAACAGAUUGUCAACAUUUUUUACACUACAUACCGAUGCAAAAUCACCAGCCUUUUAUACCAGUGAAAAAAUUUCUGGGUCUUUGAAUCCAACAUGGCAGGCCUUUGAUCUCACAACUAAAUCUGAAGAGGUUGAGACAAGUAAAAAGUCAUUGCUAGUUAGGGUUUGGGUUGGUCAUGAUGUCUUCAAACUUUUCUUAGAAUGGGAAGUGUUUUUAUCCUGUCUUCACCUACAGGAUACAAAAACUAUGAAAGAUGGAAUCCGGUUCCCUCCAAACAGCCUUGUGUUUGGCAUGUUUCACCAUUUCUUUGUUGCACCAACAGAAGAAGAAUUAGAAAAAUGUACUAAAUUCCCUAGAGAUAUUUCUCGUUCAUUUUAUCAAACAGAACAUUCCAAUCUCAUAUUUUCGUAUGGACACAGUUCUCUAACGAGAAUCAAUACAAUACUGCGUGCUAUCAGACAAAAUAAAGCAUCUGCCAAAAGACUUCGACAUGAUAUUCAACAACAACUUCAAGCAUCAAAGGAGAGGAAUAAAAAGCUGUCUGCAAAAGAAGAGCUAUUGCUGCGAGUGCAUCAACUGCAAAGUGAGAUGCAGUGGCAGUCAGCCAACUUACAGAGUCAAAAGGAAGAGAGGGAUUCUUUGACAAAUGACAAUCAUAUUAGAAAGACAUUUUUACAAGAACAAUAUGCAGCAAUUAAAGUGGAGCAAACGGAGCUGGAAGAGAAGAGAAAAAAUCAUAAUUCCCUUAGCCGCCACAUCACAUCCAAUAUAACUGGCUACUCCGCACUCUUGGAGGACUUAUCAGUGUGGGGUUGUAAGGUUACAAAGGGUAAAAAAUGCUUCAUUACUAGGAGCAAGAAUAACCUCUCUGAUAAAUCUCGGGCCAAGGACUCCUCUUGUAAUGACAUGCUUUCCUCCUCAGAUGAAGAACUUUUCACAAAGAAAAAUGAAAAAUAUUUCAAUAUUCCUUUCUAUAAUAUUUUAGAACACUUAGUUAAAGAAAAUGCUCAGUUGUGGAUACGGCGAAAGCAAUUGAUAACAGAAUUAGCAGAAUAUAUUUAUCCAAUUACUGAGGAUUCUAAUAAACAAUUUUUCAUCUGUGAUGUGAAACUUCCAAAUGCAGAAGACAUUCAAGGGCAUGAUGACACUAUGGUUGCUGUUGGAUUAGGCUACACGUGUCAUAUGAUUUUAAUGUUGUCUCAUAUUUUAAAUUUGCCAUUACGGUACCCCAUGGAAUACCGUGGCUCUAGGUCUCAGAUCCAAGACCACAUUCACACUAAAUUAAGUGAACGAGAACGCAACUUUCCAUUAUAUAGUAAAGGAAAGAAAGAUUUCUACUUUCAUUAUGGUGUUUAUCUUUUAAAUAAGAAUAUUAGUCAACUUCGAUGGUAUUGUGGUCUUGGAACUGCAGAUCUCCGAUUAACAUUACCUAACCUUAAAUCACUAUUGGAACUUCGGUUAGGUGUAAGAAGUGAACAGUCAUCACAUUUGAGUCCAGUGCCAUCAAAUCUUCAGGAUUAUAUAUCACCAUCUGGCCAAAUGACCCUCAUUGAUUCUGCUACAAGAACUGCCGUAUGUGAGAUUGACGAACUUGAAGGGGUUGUGGACACUUCAUCAAAGUUAUCUCCUACUGGCACUGCAGAACUCGCUAUGGAAGCUACGUCUGAGCUCCCAUCACCUAUGACAGCAAGUAAUGGUGUUCAAGUGACAGAAGACAUGUUUCAAAGAACGGACGACAGUUUCUUUCAAAUACAGCGACCGGUUAAUAAAAUGUUCAGUUUGAGUAACGAAAGCUUUUUGAACAAUUCUAAUUGUGACAAUGACAUGUCAGAACAAGACAGGACGAUUUCUAGUAGUGGAGACCUUGAUUGUGAUAAUUCUAAACUCACAUCGGCGUGGCUGAAAAAAUUUUCUCCUGGUUCAUAUUCCCCUUCAACCAUUAGGUCAGCUGGUCAUAGCCCAAAACUUCCGUAUCGACAUACUAGUGGCUUAUCAAGUCAAAAGUUAUCAGAGCCUACGCAAAGUGAAGCAAGUGUUGGUAGUAACAGUAGCACAUCGUCUCGUCACUCUUCACUCCCACAGCAAUAUUCUCACGAAGAUACUGAACUGUGUUCAAAUUUUUCGGCAGCAAGUCUUGCUGAAUCUUCACAAAAUUACUGGACCCACAGACCUGAUAAUGUUUGUAACAAACAUCAUUCAAAUGAUGACUAUGGCAGUUUAAAUUCUAUUUGAAUUUAUGCUAUAC